UUUUUUUUUUCAUAUACAUAAAACUACGUACGAAUGAUUUCCCAAUUUGAGCGAUGGCAGUAAUUUUCACAUUGAUAACUUGUUACAUCGCUUACGUUUCGUAAUUUGUAGCACAGUAGAAAGCCAAGAUAAAGGAAACCGAAGUGUUAUGAAUAAGAAGAGAGAAUUAUGAAGAAGAAGAUGUUGACGUAGGGAGAGGUAUCACUAACUCGAUUACUCAAAUUGAGUUAUGAUUCCUUUGCAUGGGGCUCCAAUGUUUUUCUAAUUAGAAAAAAAUAAAUGGCAACGCACUAAAAUGUGGCACUUUGAUGUGAUGAACGGGUCCGAUUUGCCUCCAGUAAGCGAGGAUACAUUUUGUAAACACAUUUUAAAUUCGAGGAUAAAUAACUCAAGGGUCCGAAUUUGGGAUCUGAUUAUACUGAUACCGAAUGCUCUGUUCGUGCUGUUCCUAGUGUUGAGGUUUAAUAAGGCGCAGCUGAAGCUGCGAGCGACGAGUAGCCCGAUAUUCCUGACUUUUUAUUCGUUGGUGUGGGGCAAUGUUAUAAUAAGUGUGGUGAGAUGUGCGGUGGCGAUGACGCUGAAUGCCCCCAUGCCGCUGGGCGGGCAAGUGGAUAAGGUGUUGUGGGUCAUGGUGAAAUUUUUUUUAUUUGCAACCGAGAUGAGUGUUGUAAUCUUCGGUUUAGCAUUUGGUCACAUGGAUAGCCGGAGCAGUAUAAGAUAUGUCCUGAUGGCGACCUCGUUCAUAUCUCUGGCUUUCACUAUAACUCAAGGAACGUUGGAGUUCAUGAAGACUGACGAUGACACGCUUAUAGCUGGCGAUACAGACUUGUUUGAACAUGGCGGAGUACUGUUCUGGUUCACUUCGUCGCUUGUGUUUGCAUUCAUAUAUUUUCUGAUAUUGAUAUUGCCCUGGACACCACUAAGAGAAUAUUUGGCAUUACCAACGAAACUGUCCUUUUACCUAUACAUCCUUCUACUGGCGCUCCUCGACGCGACGCAGGCCGCCGGCGCGGGCUUGCUACUAUGGGGCCCUAUACCCUCAGGGCUGUGCGUCGUGGACGUGACCACGUGGCUGUACUACUCGCUCUACACGCCGCUCGUGUACCACACGUUCCUCAGCGAGUUCUUCAGUGUAUCCCAGCCAAGCAUCAUGUUCUCAUACAAGGCGCAGAUGGACGAACCUCUCGACGACGACCAGGUGUCGCUGCCGCACCAGCAAAGCUUCAGCUCGCUCAAGACCGAUUCCGAUUACAUCUACCAGCAGAGCAACAGCGUGUACGACAGCACGCUGUUCGAGGCGGGCGGCACCACGCCCAUGAACCCCGUGUACUCGGCCUCGCUGCAGAGCCCGGACUCCAUCGCCUCCGCCCAGUCCACAUAACGAUAAGGCCACUCACUCAUCCAAAGAUAUUAGUGAUAACUGAUUGAUUAAUUAGGUGCGGACGACGUUUUUGGGACAUCUUGUGAAUGUGCAAUUUUAUUUUUGACAAAAAAGAAAGUGCAGUCUGAACCUUGCUUUUGAAACUAUACUAAAACGACAUUUAUUUAGGGUGGCUCAAAAAACUACUAAUUCUUCAGUUAGGGACGCCUCUUAAUUCUUUUACUGUCCUAAAAUUGUAAGUCUCUAGCUGCUGUCUAAGGGUGUGGUCAAUGGGGGCGAAUGUGAACAAAAUGUUAAAAUUUCAAUUUUCAAAAAUUGAGGGGUUCCCAAAAAAAAACAGAAGAAAGUGUUUUUUGAACCAUCCUAAUGAUUGUAUAGUAUAUUGGCCAGUUAGGAUCUCAGAUAUUAAAAUAGCUUAUAAAAAAGAUUUUUAGUUCGGACCCAAAACCAUAUCAACAUGCAAAUCAUCUACUUAUAUUGAUGAAGAAAAAAAUGCAUUCAAUCUAAUGUUAACAUAUUUUUACCCCAAAAACGUUAACGUCUGCUUAGUACCGUCAUAAAAAAAGAAAUAAUAAGACGCACAAAACGGUAAAAAUAUUGUCAAUUGACAUACAUAACGGUUUCGACCGCCGAACUAGAUCUCGUCACGCUUAAAAAUCUAGCUUCAGCAUACUGUGCGAGGCCAUUUUGAACCGCUUUUAGCGUCUUAUUAUUCCUCUGUCUAUGUUACCGUGUAACGAUUAGGAUUAAUAUAGUGCUACUUAAACUACUAUCUCGAUCCAUUUUUAAAAUUAUUUUCUAUUGACGAUUAUGUAAAUACAAUUUAUUUUUGUGAUAUCGUGAACCAGUGAUCUAACGAAUGACGAGACUUCGACACCGUGUCUGCUUAUCGGUUAUCACAUUGAUGUAACGCACGCCGCUCCGGUGUGGGAGCGAAACAGCGCUAUACAAAUACGGUGUAUUUUUUUAGUAUUAUCUUUGCAAGAUGGAUAUAUUAUACAAGUCACACUGAAUAACUUUAAAUAUCGGCACAACCUUGAAAUCGUCAAAGAAAAUUGUGUUUCAUACUCGUACUUAUACAUUUUGGGUUUUUGCCUUUUUGGCAGAUCAGAUGUUCGCGUUUUCUAUGGGAGAGCCAAUAUUUUUCGCGAUUCCCAUAGUAUAAAGUAGAUCAGUAUGAUGUAUACAUUCACCUCGCAAAAUAUGGCUAAGGGUUAAAAAAGAUCUUGUAUAGGUGUACCAGCUGUAAAAGUGCAUACCCACUUUAUGAAUAAACCCAUUCAUAACGUGGGUAUGCACUUUUGCAGCUUAUAGUACCGCUCGCACACCGUAGCGGCGUUGAUCCGCAUCCACUGUGAAGACCGCCCAAUAUAAUGGAUCCAUCCAUAUGACACUAGGUACAGAUGUAGUGUAUAAUUGUUUUCCAUAGUAUUUUUACGGAAACGUACGAACGUGUCUUGCUAUUUCCGUCAGUCUCGGUACAAAAACUACUGACGUUUGACUGAAGUAGCAUGACAAAUACGAACGUUUCCGAGAAAAUACGAUGGAAAACAAUUAUGCACUACAUCUGUAUGUUAGCUAGUGGCUUAAGGUAAUAUGUAAACGAUGCUGUGGCAUAGAUUUUUGUAAUUUCAACGUCUCUUCAGACGUUGCCUUGCCGCUUGAGAUUCAAUGCGCUCUAUCGUCCAGUUUGACUGAUUUGCAAAUUCGAAACUAAACCAACUCAAAUUGUCGCUAUAGCGUAAGACACAUCGCGUUAUUGUUAUUAUAACACGCUGUUAGUAAAAGAAUAUCCGAUUACACAUCGACGUGUAAUUUACGCAAAUUUUUACUCAGUAUAUUUUGUUGUUUAGUUUAUUUAUUUUAUAUUUUGCUUUACAUUUGCCCUGAGCAGGCAACCAAUCCAAACAACUUCAGGCGCAGUUAUACUGCGUCGAUUCUUGGUCGUUCGCCGCUUCGAACAAUGUCAGUUGACUUUCAACUUCUUACUUAAUUCGGCGACCGCAUUACAAGGUGAAUGACCCAGUGUGAUUUUUGAUACCCUUAAUUUAUCCGCCUAUAAUAUAUACAUGUCAUUGAUUAUGGUUGGUAGUCACUGACAACUUAUAAAUCGUGUUUUUAAUUUAGAUUCUACCGCGUCUCAUUCCGUUGAAUAUUGCAAGUUUUCCAUGCUCGUGGUAUAAGACGUAAGAAUAUAUAUUUGACAUUUAUGAAUUGACCCUUUAUUAAUUUUAUUAUAUAUCUGAUGCUAAAGACUGUCUCUUACGGUAGUUAUGCUAAUGUAGCCCUUCGCUAUUGAUGGUGUAUUUCGAAAUUGCAGUUAGUUAAGCAAAGACCCAUUUCAAUUUUGAUUCUACUCCAUCCAGUAAUAAGAUAGGAUAGCUAAUCAAGUCAAUUUGUGAAUGAAUUCGCCUUUCAAUAUAAAUUAAGUCCUAAGCAUUAGGACAACGCGGUAAGCAUAAUCUAUCUCUCGCGAAAAAUCACUUAUAAGUGAUUGUAAGGUCUAAUUAGCACAUAUUUUUUUAUUAUUAUUCACAACGACGGGACUUAAUCGCGUAAAAUAAGUUUUAAAUUUACCUCCGACGUUUUGAGGACGGCGUUGUCCCCGUGGUCUCGGAGAAGACGCACAUAUUUUUUUGUCAUUAGCACCCAGUAUGCAGUUUAUUGUCACUUUUGUAAUUAUAUAAGGCGUGCUAAUGAUUAGAACUGGGGCGCGUUUUAAGUUUGUCAUGUAUAUAAACGCAAUAUUUCACGUCGUCACCAUGUAUGGCCAUUUUGUUAGAAGCGUUUGGUCAGUAAAGUGCGAGUGCCAGACUUUGAGCAUCAUUUGUGACUUUUAUAUUGCUUUAAGACAAUUGGUCCCAUACAGACAUUUAAUCCUCAAAACAAACCUGAUCGACUGAUAACAUUAACAAAAAUUUUGUUAAACUGAGGGUAUUCUCAUUUAACGCGCCUAGUUGGAGCAUAACCUAGAUAAGUAAAUUUAAACUUGUCCGUUUUUCUGUUUUUAAAUUUAAUCAGAGAAAAUGGUACCUAUUGAACUUGAGAAAAUAAUUGCUAUAUUUUCCAUGAAGAUUAUAUUAUAACUUCGUUCCAAUAAAUUGGUAUAAAACAUAUGUAGUAGUCACAUUAAAUAAACCCCCCUUUUGCUCUCUGAUCCGGUGGAUUUAAGAAUGACAUUUUAUAGAGCUUUAUUGUAAAAUGUACUAAACUUAAAGGCUAAUUGGAAAAGAAUCUCAAAGUUCAAUGUGUCGCUUAAUUAUUGUCUAGAUAUGUUAUGUUUGACUAAAAUGGUUGAAUUUAUUUACAAUUACAUUAUUUGUAUACUGCUUUAGUAAAUAUUUCAAUGCCCCUUUUAAUCUGAGUUGGAUGAAUGUUAGAUUUUAAGGUUUAGGUCGUGCGUUCAUAAAUAUAUCAUUUCGUUAACAUAAUAUCUUGAUUACUGGCUACUAUGUGUAUAAAAUCAAAGCAAUAAGACACAUUCAAAACUUAUAUGAAAACUAAAUAAUAUUGAAACCAAAUAUCAAAAUGGCUUUCGACAAAAAUCAUUCCUUUUCGUGAUGGACGUUAAUAUAAAAUAUGGCCCAUUCGAUUGUUAGAACCAGUGAAAAAAACCCAGUGUCUUAAAAAAUCAUUCUAUAUUAAAAUUUCUGACUACCGCUUAUUUUUUUUGUAAGUUACCGUUUCGAACAUUUGACUAUUAUGUUCUAAAAUAGGCAUUUGGCCGUACAAAAAUAACUUAAGACCACCGAAACUCAUCUAAUUCUGACUUUUUCGUUUCAUUAAUCUUAAAAUUGAGCUCAGUGUAACUUUUUUUAAAGUCACGACACUGAGUCUACUUAGCAUAAACCCUAAGAAUCCUAAGAUAUCCUAAGGUCCAGUAUUUUAGCUCUAGCUAGAGUCAUAUUAACGUAAAGUCAAAAUAAAAUAGAAGAGCACAUUUUCACAAGCCAUUUACUAUAAUCUCAUAUCCACGAAUAAGAUUUUAACAUUGCAAUUAAACUGGUGCAGAAUGUUAUAAAAUGAUUUUAUGAUUGAAAUGAUUUGAGAUGAACAAAAUACACUUUGUACGGAAAAUGACUCUUUUUUGUGGUGACAGUAAAGUCGAGAUUUGAAUGGAUUAUUUUGUUCAUGCCAAAUAAUUUCAACUAAUACUGCAGAAUGUUUAUGUACCUAUAUUUCUUUAGUACGGUAACGUUUAUCGUCGAUGGAAAGCAUCCGUCUCUUUCUAGAUUUCAAGAAAAUUAUAAAGUAUGAGAGGGACGUAUGUCAUGUAUGCUUUUCGUCGUUGAUAAGGGAUCUUGUAAAUUGUCUAGUUUCGCUACGAUAGUGCUGUAACGUGUAUUGUGAUUGAUGCCAAUUGGUUUUAUAUUGUACUGUGAUGGUAUGCCUACUAAUUUAUUUUUUGUUGAGUUUUCUAAUUUUUUUCUUUUUAUUGAAGUAAUCUCGAAUAUUGAAUCUAUUGUAUUAGAAGUAGAGGACUUACGGUUGGUGAUUUCUAUUUGGUUUGCGCAAAGUAAAGGCUCCGCCAGACUUAGCGAGUGAGCCACCUGGGGAGUGGUUUGAACGUGGGUUCGUGGUACUAUUAGCCAUGAGCCAAAAUCAUUUAUUUGACAGAUCUCAGUAUAACAAAUUGGGCCUACGAAGAGUAUGAAGUUCACUAAACUUUUAUCCUCUAGCCGCCCAGAGGCCUAUAAAAAGGUCUCUCAUUCUAUUAUAUUUUGUAGCUUUAUUUUGACAAAUCAAAAUUGCAUCUAUCUUGGCAAGUUUUGAUCUUUGGGCGGCUAGAAGUUAACUGUACCAUAUAUCUCACGCGGUUUGUAAAGAAUUUGCGCGGUGAUUUUCAACUCAGUAGAAGCACAGAAUACGUAUUAUCAUGAGAGUUUUGGGACUAAAAAUACUUUAUGUAUUACAUUUUUAGUUUAUACAAAUUAGCUUUACGCAGUCUAGUCCGAGUAGUCCGUAGAUGACCACAGCAAUGACUUCUUACCAACCGCCUCUCUUGAACGGUUGACCAAUAGCAUGCCUUGCAAGUUGCAUUUUCAGCAGACACAGGGCGGGCGCGGCGCGGCUUGCGCGCGGGCGGGUAGCGGUUCCGCGUUCGAUUUACGUAGCAUUCCCUUUCCAUCCCUUGCGUUAUACCCACUCACGAGCCCACGUUUAAAUUCACCUAGAGUCGGCCCAAGCUAACUCUGCAGUGACAAUGUGGAGUGAACUCCUAUGAAAAUAUGACGAUUAUAGUCACACUUUGUCACUUUAAUGUCGAUGCAGAGUUUGCUUAAACGGACUUCUAUCACGCUCACAUUACGCUUUAUAGGUCUGGCGUAGGUUCAGGGCGAGUUUACACUGUCAUUUUUCUAGGAUUUUCGAAUGUGGCUAUUGGCCCAGUGUAAACACGCCCUUAGCCAUUGUUACCCUAUUGGGUAAAACUGUAAAGCUACAUUAUACAUUACGAAACGUCGAAGCUCAUUUAGAGUAGAUAGUUUAGAUCGCGAUGUUUCGAAUAUUUUGCGCAGUCAGAUGUUUAUGGUCAAGGAUAAUCACUUUUAUUUAGAUGUAAGCAAACAAUAUUUGUCAGAGAGAUUUAUAAAGAGUAUAGACCGUAA